GCUCACCUACAAAUUGGGUUGUCUGCUACAAAACAUGCUACGUUCUAUGUUAUUUAACGCAUCUACAUAUAAAUACCAGGAAUUAAAAGCUGACCCUCUAAACUCUCAUUUCACAUUCAUAUUUUCUUAAAAUGAACUUGUCUAUAGUGUAGCAUUAGUAGUGGUUUCUUUUCUACCAAUUCGACCAGUGUUUUAGCAGCUAAUAAAGUAACUGAUCACACUAAACUGCAUUUUUUCCCCCCUUCAGCAGUGUAGUGGAACCCUUAAAAGUUCUAUAUAGAACCCUUCAACAACGUGUUUUCCUUUCACUUAAGAAAAGUGAUCCAAGUAGAACCCUUAAUUAUCAAUGAAGCAUCAAAGAAGUGUUUUUUUUUUGUUGUUGUUUUGUUUUGUUUUGUUUUAGUAUUUUGGAGGUAAGUGGGAUUACUUUAAAACCAUCCAACGUACUGCGUGACAUUUUAAUCAGGCGAUUACAACAACUACCAACGUGGGCCUUCGAAAGCGAGGUCACGUACACGAACGCACGCAGGUUGCCCCUGCACGUUUCCGGGAUUUGGCCACGCCUCGUCUGUAAUCUCUGAUCUUUGAUUGGUCGGUGCUGGACGAAUACAGAAAUCGGAGUGGUGCUUUGAUGUGGAGAGGAAGGAGCCGCAGUGUGCCUGCACGGAGAGGCCAAAACACACCAUGUCCAUUACCAAGCAUGUGAGGACGGGCCGCCGAUGAUGCUAGCUCUACCAUGGGCAGUGUCACUCUCCGCUACUUCUGUUAUGGCUGCCUCUUCACGUCUCUGACGUGGUCCGUCCUGCUCUUCCUCUACUUCAGCCUGAGUCAGGAGAGCCGCCUGUCCUCCAGCCAUGUGCCCAUCCAGGGGGUGCAGCACCGCUUCCAGCCCCGCUUCACCCGCCGCCCCGCCCCGCCCAACAGAGCACACGGACACGACGGUCGCCGCAAUGACCUCUCACCUGAGAUGGGAAUGAUCUACAAUGAGAAGGAUCAGGAAGUGAGGGAUACAGGCUACCACAGACACGCCUUCAACGUCCUCAUCAGCAACAGGAUCGGAUACCACCGGGACCUGCCGGACACCAGGAAUGAAAAGUGUAAAGCGAAGACGUAUCCGUUGGCGUUACAGACGGCCAGCGUGGUGAUCUGCUUCUUCAACGAGGCCUUCUCGGCGCUGCUCAGGACGGUGCACAGCGUCCUGGACCGGACGCCCAGUUACCUCCUGCAUGAGAUCGUCCUGGUGGACGACAACAGCGAGCUAGAUGACCUGAAGCAGGAUCUGGAUAUGUACAUACACACUAACCUGCCUGACAAAGUGAAGUUGGUGCGCAAUAAGAGGAGAGAAGGACUGAUCAGGGGGAGGAUGAUCGGAGCCUCACAUGCUACAGGUGAGGUCUUGGUGUUCCUGGACAGUCACUGUGAGGUGAACGAGGCGUGGCUGCAGCCGUUGCUGAGCCCGAUUAAAGAGAACCGCCGCACGGUGGUGUGUCCCGUCAUCGACAUCAUCAGCGCGGACACGCUGCUCUACAGCCCUUCUCCCAUCGUCAGAGGGGGCUUUAACUGGGGGCUGCACUUUAAAUGGGACCCUGUUCCUGUAUCAGAGCUCAACAACCCCAGCGGAGCCAUCAGGUCUCCUACGAUGGCCGGGGGUCUGUUCGCAAUGGACCGAGAAUACUUCAACGAGCUCGGACAGUACGACAGCGGCAUGGACAUCUGGGGCGGAGAAAACCUAGAGAUCUCAUUCAGAAUCUGGAUGUGUGGAGGUCAGCUCCUGAUCAUGCCCUGCUCGAGAGUGGGCCACAUUUUCCGUAAGCGGCGUCCGUACGGUUCUCCCGGAGGACAGGACACGAUGGCACGGAAUUCCCUGCGUCUGGCCCACGUCUGGAUGGAUGAGUACAAGGAGCAGUACUUUGCCCUGCGUCCUGAGCUCAGGAACCGUGACUUCGGGGACAUCAGUGACCGUCUGGCCGUGCGCGAGCGCCUGCAGUGUCGCUCCUUCAAGUGGUAUCUAGAUCACAUUUACCCAGAAAUGCAGCUGUCCUCACCUCAGAACAAAGCCCAGCCCCCUGUCUUCUUUAACCGCGGCGUCAAGAGGCCCAAAGUGCUGCAGCGUGGCCGGCUGCGUAAUCUGCUGGCCAAGAAGUGUUUGGUGGCUCAGGGGCGUCCCAGCCAGAAGGGCGGCACUGUCGUGGUGAGACCCUGCGAUUCUCAGGACCCUGAACAGGAGUGGGUGUACGAUGAGGAGCACGAGCUGAUCCUGGCCGGCUUGCUGUGUUUGGACAUGUCAGAGAUCCGCUCAUCCGAUCCUCCUCGCCUCAUGAAGUGUCACGGCUCGGGUGGCUCUCAGCAGUGGAGUCUCGGGAAGAAUAAUCGUCUGUACCAGGUGUCCGUGGGUCAGUGUCUGGCCGUCCUCGACCCACUCAGCCAUAAAGGUUACGUUGCCAUGGCGAUCUGCGACGGCUCUGAGGGCCAGCAGUGGCAGCUAGAGGGAUGAUGAAGAGGGAUGGCUGGGCUCUGAACACACACACACACACACACACACACACACACACACACACAUCGCCCCCUGCAACCUGGCAGGAUCAGUAUGGCCGACGGAGCGGGUUAGCGUCGUUUCCUUACUAGCAGUGUGGGUCCGAGUGUCUUUCUGACCCGUCGUCAUGGCGAUAAUCACGUCUCCGAGCUCGUAUAGUGAAGCGUUCACUCUUUUAGGUGUUUUUUCAGUAUUCUACAACUUCAAUGGAAGUCCAUUUUUUUUAAUUUAUGAUUUAAACCGGCUUGUGAAACUUUAACCCGUUUGCACAGUGAUUUUUUUUUUUUUUAAUUUUUAUUUUUAUUUGAUUUGAUUGUUUUUGCAGAGACAAUUCAUAAAUGUAAAUUUUCGAUGUUACGGAAGCGUAUCGCAGUAUUGACGUGUCGACUUUUUAGAUCUGUGUACUUUUGAUAUUCAUUUUAAUCGUAUCGAGCGUGGCGUUUCUCUAAAGAGAAGAAGAGCGCGUGUAACGACAGCGGCGUUAAACAUCCGAGUUAACCUUCCGUCUGACUUUCUUUUAUCUUACUGCACUACAGAAUUAUUCUUCGGUUCAUGACGCAAGUUGUGCUUGUAUAGAGAAAUACAGCGCAGACCAGGCUUGUGCGAUAUAAAUUUCUUUUCCCCUGUUCAUGAUUUACAGGACCGCUAGCAAAAAACACAAGAAAACAAAAAAAGAGCUUUUCCACAGGGAGUGUUAUAAUAAUAAUAAUAAUAAUAAUAAUAAUAAUACUAGCAGCUGUGCAGUCAGGAACUGCAGCAAUCGUGGAAACCCAGCGGUGGAUUUUAGUUAAUUCUGCAGUAAACAGUGUUUAAAAAAAAAAGUACAUAAAAUCCAAAAUGGCCGACAUUUUCUCCUCCAUGUGUUUGGGGAGGGGGGAGGCGAGUAUUUGAUCACUUCCUAAUGUUCGUUACUAUUCGUGUCAUUUGUAAAAUAUUCGAUUUGACACAUUGUUGUAGGAGUACUUUUAGAUCUGAGCCUUUUUCUAGUUAACUGAUGUUUAGAUAUAUGGAUUUUAUUUCGCGUUCACGAACUCUUAAACCGUCUCUGUUUACCGUGAUGGGAAGCGAAAGAAGUUGAGAACGCUCGAGACCGGAAGUGGGGGCUUCCAGGCGACGUCGGAUAAUUAUUCAUUAUUUUUAAUUGAAUAUAUAUUAAUAUAAAUGAUAUGUUAACUGGCAUCACCUGGAAGCCCCGCCCACUUCCUCCACCUCGCAACUUCUUUCGCUUAUAUUAAGUUCAAUACACCUUCUCGAAUCGUUCCAGGCUCAUGUGUUAAUCGUCUCACCUCCUGUUUUUAUUCUAGAGACAAAGACUGCAUUUUUUUUAUCAUUAUUAUUAUUAUUUAAUUUUAAUUUUUUUUGAGGUAUUUUUGAUCGAUCGCUCGUAAUAGCACGACGUGAGGAGCUCUUGCACAAAACGCGUGCAGGUUGGCAGGUCUGGAACUGUAAUAUAAUAAGCAUAAACGUGUAUAAGAGGGACGAUUUUACAUCAUUAUAUCGCACAAGCCUACCGCAGAACUUCACGUAGAAAGGACCGGCCGUAUGAGGUCGAGCUGUGCAUCAGGACUGAGGGGGAAAUCAUGUUGAUUGACAUGCGUUUAGAUGUGGUGGAGUGUUUAUAUGAGGAGUUUAUCAUGUGGUGUAACUGGUAUGAUUUCUUUUCAUGUUGGGGCGAGGAAAUAUCGCGAGUGGGUACAAACUAAUAUACAUUCAGAAGUGGGAUUUUUAAAAAAAAUUAAAAAAAAAACCAGUCCUGUGCACAACUCUAGUAUGAAGGUAUGGUCAUUUGGUCAUUUUAUAUAUAUUAUUUUUUUUCCAUUCUGCUGUGAAAGUAGGAGGUUUGAUUUUAAAUAUGAAGUGCUGUUUUCACAUCCUCUGUUCUCUUUUGUAAAUGAUGGUACCAAUAAAGACGUCCUAAAUA